UCGGACACGCCUCUAUAGGCCACGCCCACCCAACACAGCCCCAGCCUUGGCCCCGGCCCGGGGUCCCCUGAGGUCACUUCCGGGGCGGGCCGGAAGCGGCGCGCUCGCGGUCGCGUUUAAACCGCGCAGGGCCGCGCGGCCGCUCUAGCCCCGGGGCCGCCACCCUCAGGAGCCCCCCGGUCACCGGGCCGGCCCCGCCAUGCCCAUCCGCGCACACUGCACCAUCUGCUCCGACUUCUUCGACAACAAGCGGGACGUGGCGGCCGUGCCGUGCGGGCACACUUUCCACCAGGCCUGCCUGUUCCAGUGGUUUGACACUGCCCCGAGCCGGACAUGCCCACAGUGCAGGAACCAGGUCAGCAAAAGACACAUCAUCAGUAAGCUGUUUUUUGAUGUUACCCUGGACGAGCAAGCAGCACCGGACGCUGAGACCUUGCAGAAUGAACUGGACAAGGUGAAGGCCCAGCUGUCCUUGAAAGAGAAAGAAAAGCGGGAAUGCCAGGCUGUUGUGGACGGGCUGAGGGACACUCUGGAUGUGCGCAAUGCCACGAUAGAGUCGCUCCAGAAGAUGCUGGGAGAGACAGAGAUGCUGUGCUCCUCUCUCAAGAAGCAGAUGAAAUUCCUGGAGCAGCAGCAGGAGGAUAACAAAAGUUCAAAGGAGGAGGCUCGCCGGCUGCGGAACAAGCUGAGAACCAUGGAGAGGAUCGAGCUGUUGCUUCAGAGUCAGCGCUCAGAAGUGGAGGAGAUGAUCAGAGACAUGGGAGUCGGGCAGGCAGCAGUGGAGCAGCUUGCAAUCUACUGUGUCUCCCUCAAGAAGGAAUAUGAGAAUUUGAAGGAGGCUCGGAAGAUCUCUGGUGAGAUGACAGAGAAGCUGAAAAAGGAGCUGUUUUCUGUCAAUAAUAAGUUGCAGAAAACGACUUCAGAGUUGGAGAAGACAAAGGAGGAGUUAAAAAGCACACAGAAAGAUCUGAAGAAUGCAGACAAGGAGAUCUUGAGUUUGAAGAAGAAGAUAGACAUCCUGCAGGACACUCUGAAGGUCCCAUCUGUAACCAGGGAAACACUCAGUCGGCUAGUCUUGGAAAGCCCUGCUCCCAUGGAGCUGCAGCAUCCCAAGCUCCACCGCCCGGCCCACAGCGAUGAGAUCAACCUGGAUGCCACGUUCGAUGUGGCCACCCCUGAACACCAGCCCUGCACAGCUCCCCUCGGCCCUGCAAAAAGGCAGAAGCUGGAUAAAAAGCCGCCUCCUGUGGUAAAUCUGGCGAAGAAAGUUCUGAAGGAAGCAGUGGAGAACGGGGAAGAUGAUCUGGAGGAUGAUGCUCUUAAAGGACUCUUGCCAGCAUUCAUCAGGAACUCUUUUCUCUCCAAGAAGCCAUCUUCGGGUGCUGUGCUGGGUUCCCACAGGAACACGGGCUCUGUGAGGAUGGGCUACGAUGGCAUGGGAGGCAGGACAAAGUUCAUAGAGCCAACAAACCUGGCAGAAAUCCGUCCAUUACAGGUUAGGAGCAAGAAGAAGGUCUCCAGACCAGCAUCUGCAGCUCCUGCACCUUCCUCCAGCAGCAGCAGCAGCCAGGCCAGAAUGGACACUUUCCUGCUAUGAGAGCCCCUGACUUCCUGGGAGAGGCUUGGAGAAGAGGCUGCAGGGCAGAGCACACUUGCCCAGAGCCUGGCACGAGGCAAUGUGCAGCCACCAGUGCCUGGGGUCCUGUUCACAAAGCACUGAUGCUGCCGUG